CCCAGCGGGUGUUGCUAAGCAGAUUGAGUGUUGACGGCAGCCUGUGGCAGCAGAUAGGCCUCCCAUGACGUCGGCCGUCUUGUGUGUCAAAACUAGGCAAAGCGUGUAUGCAAACACUAUUUUUUCAACCACUCCGUUGUUGUUUUUGUGCAAAAUGGGUCACACGUGCGUCGUGUGGGGUAGUAGAAACUGGGCGAAUUCGAGACAAGGAACCAAAAAAGUACUACGAUUUUCCCAAGGCGGGGAAAAAGAAACUGAGCGGCUGUCGACAAGAAAGUCGCAACCUGUGGCUGGCUAGAAUUAACGGAGCUGGAUUCACUCCCGAUCCAGCAAAACGACACGAUAAAGUUCGCUCUGAUCAUUUUUGUAACAGGGGAUUGACCGUGCCUGACCAUCAACAACAUGCCUGUUCUCAACCAGGAACCCUCCAAAGAUUUGGCCCCCAGUGAUAGUCUGCCAAAACUGCCCCUACCAGCGCUGAAGGACACCCUGGACACGUACCUGAGGUGCGUGAAACACCUGCUGACAGAGGAGCAAUUUAAAACAACACAAGAGGCGGUGGAGCACUUUGGCGCCCCCGGUGGUGUGGGGGAGCUACUGCACAGAAAGCUCUUGGAGAGGCGGGAGAAGGAGGCCAACUGGGUGUAUGACUACUGGUUAAAUGACAUGUACCUCAACAACAGACUUGCACUGCCGGUCAACUCCAGCCCUGCGUUGGUCUUCCCGUCACAGAACUUCAGCGCUCCUAUAGAUUCCCUCAGGUUUGCUGCAAACUUGAUAGCCGGAAUUCUAGAGUAUAAAAAUCAACUUGAUGCACGUACUUUACCUGCGGACUACGCCCGAGGUCCGCUGGGCGGUACCUGUCUGUGUAUGGAGCAGUAUUAUCGGAUCUUUACCUCCUACCGGGUACCGGGCCAUGAGAGGGACACCCUAGUGGCGCAGGACAGUACUGUGAUGGCGGAACCGGAACACAUCAUUGUGGCAUGUAAAAACCAGCUAUUUGUGCUGGACGUGGUGAUCAAUUUUCGGCGCCUGAGUACCCAAGACCUCCUGACUCAGCUGGAGAAGAUCGUAAAAAUGGCUGAAAAUCAAGACGAGCGGCAGCCACCGAUUGGUCUACUUACCUCCGAUGGACGCAGGGAGUGGGCAGAGGCUCGCAGCGUGCUCAUGAGAGAGUCAACCAACAGGGACUCAUUGGACAUGAUCGAGCGCUGCCUCUGUUUGGUCUGUCUGGAUGACGCCAGCGGGACCGAGCUGACCGACUCCGCUCGGGCCGUGUUGAUGUUGCACGGGGGAGGAGUGACAAUGAACGGGGGGAACCGCUGGUACGACAAGAGUGUGCAGUUUGUCGUAGGUGCCGACGGCUGUUGCGGAGUCGUGUGUGAGCAUUCACCGUUUGAAGGGAUCAUUCUAGUGCAGUGCAUGGAGUACCUUCUCAAGUACACGAUGCGCAGCCCGUCCAAGCUGGUGAGAGCUGCAAGUGUGAGCGAGCUCCCGGCGCCAAGACGACUCCGCUGGAAAGUCACCCCAGGGAUGCACAAACUCCUCACCUUCUCUGAAGACAAACUUCAAAGGCUUGUGAAGAAUCUCGACAUGAACGUCCACAAAUUCCACCAUUAUGGGAAAGAAUCGAUCAAGAAGCUGAAAAUGAGUCCAGAUGCCUUCGUCCAGGUGGCUCUUCAGUUGGCCUACUACAGAUGUCACGGCAGACAAGUUAACACCUAUGAGAGCGCUUCCAUGCGACGCUUUAAGGACGGACGAGUGGACAACAUUCGCUCUGCUACGCCAGAAGUCCUGGACUUUGUCAGAGCAAUGAGUGAUGGAAGCACAAGUGAUGCAAAGAAGUUGGAGUUGCUACAAGACGCCAUAACAGCCCAGACUAAAUAUUCCACACUGGCUAUCAUGGGGAUGGCCAUAGACAAUCACCUACUGGGAUUACGUGAGAUUGCAGAUGAACUGAAGAUGGACAAGCCAGAGAUUUUCAAAAAUGAAGCGUAUCACAUCAGUAACCACUUCCUUCUCUCUACAAGUCAGGUUCCAACCUCCGUUGAGAUGUUCUGCUGCUACGGACCCGUGGUUCCAGACGGAUACGGGGUGUGCUACAACCCUCAGUCGGACCACUUUGUUUUCAGCGUGUCAAGCUUUCGGGAGAGUCCUCACACUUGUUCGUCCAAAUUUGUAAACGGUCUGGAAAGGGGACUUUUAGACAUGAGGGAUCUGUGCCAUGAAAGCCGCGCUAAUCCACGUGCGCCCAGACAGGCUAAAACCACGGAGACCUCCACCCAAAAGAAACCUGCUGACCUGAGCAAGAAACAGGGAUCCCAAUGAAAUGUUGCCCCAAAGACACAAAGCCAGAUUUUAUCGAAAGCUGGAGGUAAAUCAUAGGAAACAUAUGGUGUGCCACAAUAAUCCUCUAGAGCAGGGGUCUCAAACUCAAUUUACCUGGAGGCCACUGGAUGCAGAAACUGGGCCGCAAGAAAUGAUUUCUUAAAAAAAUCUAUCAUGCACUUUUCAAUGAAUUCACCUUCUUUGAAUGGCUUUCCCGCCCUAGCAACAUACUUGCCAACUCUCGCGAUCUUUUCGGGAAACACCCGAAUAUCAGUCGCCCUCCCGACAAUCUCCCGGGGCGAUUAUUCUCCCGGUUUUCAGCCGGACAUCAAUACUAAGGGCGUGCCGUGAUGGCACUGCCUCUAGCGUCCUCUACAAUCAAUUAAACGAGUCUCACCCACUUAUUUAACCACACAAACGGUGUGCCGGCCCAGACACUUAUAGUAUGAGUCUUCUGCAGACCCACGGGAGUGACUGCAAGACAUACUUGA